UGCACCAAGGACAGGAGGGAAGCACUUUGACCAGCACUGAGGAGCGGGACGGUGCGUGCUGCGUUUUCUAUUGGAAGAACAACUUGGGGAUUUCGGUGCAAGCCUCAAACUUAUCUGUGAGGACGGAGGACGACUUGUCGGGUCAGCAUGGCAUCUCUCAUGAACUCUGCGUGCCUCCUCUUCUUGCCUGUUGCUCUGCUACUGAUGCUGAGCCCGUGCCCUGUUGCUGCAUCGUCAGCCAGACGGUGUCACUCCAUCUAUAAGGGUUUUGCUCAGUGUCUGAUGGCUCUGGGCGACAGUCUCACGGACAGCGCUCGCAAGGAUGAAGACAUGCAUGAGAUACACUCCAUCUGCAGGUCAUGGGAUGAGUUCCAUGACUGCGCCAACGUGGCGAUGGCUGGUUGUCCUGAUGAGGCUGCAGCUGUCUGGGAAUCUCUCCGUCAGGAAUCCAAAAAGAUGCAGUUCUCCGGAAACCUGUACGACAUGUGCUCCAACCGUAACAACCACCCAGUGGCCUCAGUCUCCCCGCACGGCUCACCCAACCAGGAAGAGAUCAACCAGGAGUCUCUAAGAGGGUGCGCUGAUCAUCUGGCGGGCUGCCUCCACUUUCUCAUGCUACUUUCUCCUCUGCUGCUGUUGUUGUUUUGGAUAUAGCUACCCCCAAAGAAAUGGGACUAGUGUGAAUAGAUAUAAACUUUGUGUAUUUUUUUCUUUCACAAGUCCAUAGACUUUCCACUUUUUUUUUUUCCUCUGCUCUGCCAGGGGGUGAAUAUUUCUAGCUGCAUGUUCAGAGGCCCGACAGUCUUUUUGAUAAUGUAUCUUUAAACUGCCUGUGCCGUUUCAUGCAUAUUCUCUGCCUUUUAAUUAGUCUCUCUGUUGGAAACACACAAAAUUCAUACAGAGAUGCACAACCACUAAACAAACAGACCUGCAAACACAUACAUAGUUAAACAGAUACAUACGGCAGCCUCAUGUCAUUUGUCUUCAUCCCCUCUCCCCCUACAUCUAGUUUAUCUGGUUAGUAUGAGCUUGUGUAUGAUGGUUCCUGGGAGAGUUUAUCUUCCUGAGUGUAAUAAAAGAGACAUACUUGAUGAACGUGAAAACUAAGUGAUAAAGAGGCCAGAUGCCACGACUAGCUAAAC